CUUCGUACAGGUAAGGAACCGAAUUAUAGUCACCUGUUGGUCCGUCACGUCGUUUAUACCAACUGGAGAAAGUGUUUAGCCUUCAGUCGCCUUUUGUACCGUCAACCUAUCACAAGUAGCUUCAGUCUCGUUUCAGUCUUUGUUGACUAACCAUCGCCUAAAAGUAAAUAAAACAAAGUAUCGUAGGGAGUUAAAGAGAUUAUCGUCGUUAGCAAUAUUGUAUAAAAUCGAGUAAACCAGUGAGGAAAAGCAGAACUGGGAUUUUGUGAAAAUCAUACCAUGCCAUGGUCGUAAUAUAUUAUUGCUAUCAUAUUUGUUUACGAGAAAUAUAACAGUCCAAUAAUUUAGACAACAACCUCCUAUCAUUUUGUUCGGAACUAUAAAACGAGAUAAUUACUUCGAAGGGAAAUGCUACAAGUUGUAUUCUGGCUAUUCGUCAUUGUGCUGGUAUUGUGGUCGUUUUCAAAUUCUGCAAGCAGAAUUUGUGGCGCGCUAUGGGAGAUCCUCGUGCCGAUAAUUAAUUCGAAACCAAUCGAUCUACGAGCGAAAUUCGGCGAUUGGGCAGUCGUAACCGGGUCCACCGAUGGGAUUGGCAAAGCUUACGCAAAAGAGUUGGCUGCAAAAGGAAUAAACCUGGUGCUAAUCAGUCGUACUCUAGAGAAAUUGGAAAAAACAAAAAAUGAAAUUAUGGAAGAGAAUCCGACGAUCAAAAUAGAGGUGAUCGUGGCGGAUUUCAGCAAAGGCAAAGAAAUUUUUGAGGAGCUUGCAAAACAACUGAAAGAUAUUCCAAUUGGUAUCUUAGUAAACAACGUAGGUACGCAGUAUAGUUAUCCGAUGUAUGUUGGAGAAGUCCCAGAAGACACAUUAUGGGAUAUCAUCAAUGUCAACGUUGGAGCUACUACAUUAAUGACACGUAUAGUCAUCGGACAAAUGCAAAAACGUGGAAAAGGCGCUAUCGUUAACAUAUCAUCCGGUUCGGAAUUUCAACCAUUGCCAUUAAUGACCGUGUACGCAGCAACAAAGAUUUACAUCAAAAGCUUUUCUGAGGCGCUCAGAGCCGAAUAUUCCAAAUGUGGAAUAACUGUACAGCAUUUGACUCCGUUUUUCGUAAAUACAAAGAUAAACGCGUUCAGCGAUCGAUUACUGGUAUCUAGUAUUUUUAUUCCCAGUACGACGACAUAUGCCAAAAAUGCGAUUAACACGCUUGGAAAGACAAAUUCCAGUACAGGCUAUUGGAACCACGGGAUUCAGAAGAUCAUUGUACUACUUUUACCGGUACAAAUAAGAAUAAUAUUUGGAAUGUUUAUGAAUAAGACUUUGAGGAAUGACUAUUUCAAGCAGAAAAGAAGUAACUAACCACCAGACAACGUGUAGUU